AUGGCGGCCAACCACUACAACCCCACCGCCCAUGUCGCGAAUUCGUCUGCUCCAGCGCAAGAGCCCGACGACAUUUCGCUUUUCCUUCAGCAAAUUAUCCUCCGAUCUGCUUCGUCCUCAUCGCAGCCUGCUGAAACGCGCCGCCCUCCUUUCCCCGCGCCGUCGGAUGAUCUUCUGGCUGGUAACGGAGGGAUCGUCACAGGUCUGGGUCAGAUCCACGUGCCAGACCACCGCCGGUCGGUGCUGAACCCGUCUGCAGAGUUUUGUUUCGCGGCGUCUUCGUCUGCUGGCAAGCUGGACAGUGAGGCGGAUGAGUAUGAUUACGAGAGUGAGGAGGUGAUAGAAGCAGUGGUGGAAGAGACGGUGCCAAAACCAGCUCAACGGAGUUCUUCUAAGAGGAGCCGAGCAGCUGAAGUACAUAAUUUAUCAGAAAAGAGGAGAAGGAGCAGGAUUAAUGAGAAAAUGAAAGCAUUGCAAAAUCUGAUCCCAAAUUCAAACAAGACGGAUAAAGCUUCCAUGCUCGAUGAGGCUAUCGAGUACCUCAAGCAGCUCCAGCUCCAAGUGCAGAUGUUGACGAUGAGAAAUGGAUUGAGCCUUUAUCCUAUUUGCAUGCCGGAGAUAGUUCAGCCUAACCAAAUGUCUCAGAUGAGGAUGAACACGAACACAUAUGAUACAGACAAACUCUCGAGUAUGCACGUGUCAAAAUCUGUUUCUAUGGAUCAACAUAUGCAGGCAGAUAAACUACUCAACGUGCAAGACAAAUGCGUUAGUGAGGCACCUACAACUGAUUUCUCAAGUAUAAUUAAUUCAAAAGCUUCAUUCCAAGUGGAGUCAUCUUACUUUGGUACCUUUCAGCACUCCAAACCCUACAAAGAAAUUUGUGAGGAGAAAGUUCAGCUUGGUGUACCACUUGGUGAUGACCGUCGCCAACAUAACUUGACAGGGUCGAAAAUAACGUCUUCAGUCCCUUCUGGAGCAAUCUUGCCGAAUUCGAAAGAAAAUACUUUAGAAGCAUGCCUACCUGGCGGCGAUCACAUACUUCAAAACUUUGUCAAUCACCCGAUCUUCUCGUCACAUUUGGACAUAUGA